AUGCCUAGAUUCUCAGUUGCCUUUGCCAGGCGGAAGAGCACCGCAGACGACAUCGAAAAUGCCGAGGUAACACCACCUGGACAGUCUUCGUUUAGAGUCCUGGAACGACACGAUUAUUCGGGCGUCAAAUCGUUUGACGGAGGAGCGAAGAUGGCUAGAUCCACUGGAUCUCUACUCCCCAAGUCUGACUAUCCAGCAGACGAUAACAUGUUCUCUGAUAUGAAAGCUAACCGUGGAAGCGGCUUGUCCAACACCACCAACACCACGUCUACAGAUGCGUCUUCACGCCACAGUAAUGCAUCGACAGCCCCGUCGUCGGCCGACUUUAGUGGAGGCAACUUGUUCCACGAUGACCAUCGAAAUGGACCACCCAAGAGUUCAUCAUCGGAUAUGCAUGGCCGUGGGAAUUCCAACAAAUCCAUCGGAUCCAAAUUCUUAGAUCGGGCUGGCCGUACCUUUUCGUUUGGCGGGCAAAAGAAGCAUACCAUCCCUCCACCCCUGGAGGACCCUCUUAUGCCGGACUUGCCGCCACCUAUGCCUAUCAUGGCUGAACCAGGACGCACUGGAUCUAGAGGUACGACUACAUAUACGCAGGCCCCAACCAUUCCCCGCAAGCCAGCUCCCCGUAAUACCAAUGCGUUAGACCUUGGUAGUGACUUUGGAUCAAUGUUUUCAGGAUCAGGUUUCGAAAAGAGAGCAAGCAUGGCCACGCUUAAGAACGACGACUUGGCUUCUCCCCGGCUCCUCACAGGCAACCCCCAGGGCCAUGGCCAAACGUUUCCACGCAGCCCAGACGCCGCCACACCAGCCGAGCCUUUGCUCAGCUCAUGGAACACGUCCAAAUCCAAUGUGAUUGUCGACGAUUACUCAUCGGACAAGAGCGCCUCACCAACAUACGAUAGCCCCCCGCGAGUCCCAACCCAUUCAUCCCCACGGUAUCAGUCUCCCGCUCGACAACCACCGGCCAGGAAGUCGCCCCCAGCUGAGCAACCCCCAGCUCGUCAGCAGCCCCCUCCUCGUCAGCAACCCACGCCUCGCCAGCAACCACCAGCUCACCAGCCACCACCAAUGAGCCCUGAUGAGUCACAGGAUGACGAGGAUGCGCAGCUCCUGCAGGAAACCUAUACUGCCAUCCAGCUCCUUUCGGCUGAAGAUGAUGAAUUUGAUGAAAACCCACAACAGGGGCGAUACCGGCGGGAGGAGGAUAGUUUCACGGCGGCUCCACGAGCCAAGACUGCUCCCAUCGCCAACUCUGGAAAGAAUGGAGACGGUAUGCAAGAUGCCAACAGGCCUCGAUUCCCGAAGCCCAACAUUCGAUACGUACCUCCUGAUGGUGCGCCUCGGAACAAAGUGAUGACCCCAGCUGAAUUCGAAAAAUACCGGGAGGACAAGAUUCGCCAUGAUAGAACGAACAGCACAGCAAAGGAUGAUGAGGACGAGGACAUCAACUAUGAGGAUGAAGAAGACGAGGUUGAAAAGUCUAAGCAACAGGCAAAGCAGAGACGGAAGCAGGAGGCUCACAUGGCUGUGUACCGACAGCAGAUGAUGAAGGUUACUGGCGAAACCACCCCCACAGAUGGGUUGGGCAUCCCGACUUCAAUGAGCGCACCACAGCUGGGCCAUAUAAAGACGCCCUCGCUUGACCCGGCGGCGGCGCCUCCGCCCAUGUUAGCACCUGCAACUGCCGUGUCUGGCGCCUCUGAUGAGGGCGAUGAUGAUGAGGAGAUCCCGCUUGCCAUUUUGCAGGCGCAUGGAUUCCCCAGCAAGAAUCGACCCCCCACCAGACUCAGCACAAUGGGAUCAAACCCUAACAUGCGAGCCUCAGCAAUGCUCAUGCCAGGGCGCCCAUCGUCAGCCAUGGGAGAAUCUGCUGGUUCCCGACGCCACUCCACCCUCCCAGCUUUUGCACGGAACUUGCCCCAGGACCCGUUCAUUGGAGCGAGCAUUGCUCAGCCUGCCCUUCGAGAGUCUCUAUCAUUCAACGAUAUGGGCCUGGGCCCUAAGCCGCCGUCUCCGCUGCCCCCCGGAGGUCUUGUUGGCGUAAUUGCCAGCGAGGAGCGACAGAGAGCAAUGCGACGUGGAAGUCCAAGCGUCGACCCCUCAAGACUCAUGGGCAGCGGCUUCUCUACUCCGGUAGGAGUCGACCCUGCUGCCGGGAUCCCCCCACACAUGAUGUACCCCCAGACUCAGAUGGGAGGCAUGGGAGGCAUGGGGGGUAUGGGAGGUGGAAUACCUGGCAUGAUGCCUCCUAUGAUGCAGCCGCCGAUGGUGAACGCCGGCGACCAAGCUCAGCUCCAGAUGACGCAGCAAAUGUCGCAGUUUAUGCAAAUGCAGAUGCAAUUCAUGCAAAUGAUGGCUGCGAACCAAAACGGCGCCGUGCCACAGCAGCAGCCGCCGCAGCUGCAGCCACCGUUCCAGCAGCCCUAUGGCGGUUUGAUGGGCAAUCAAUCCAUGGUUGACAUUUCUUCUCGCAACUCCAUGAUGGGCGAACAGACUCUGGAACCUCGCCGUGGUGAUUACGGCAGCAUGCGGACAAUGAGCAUGGUUCAACCCAGCUCAGCGCCGAUGGCUCAUCCUGGAUACGCUGGGUCUAUUCGAUCAUCUAUCCAUGGGUACACGCCGUCGAUUGCGCCGUCAGAGCGAAGCAACAUUGGCCUUCCCAACCGGUAUAGACCCGUCUCACAGGCUGUGGGCCCUACCGGGCUCGGUCAUAUUCCCUCGCAGUCUUUCUCAGGGGCCCUGUCUGUGUUGGCUGACAACAAGAACCGGACGUCGAUGAGGAUUGUAAACAAGUCGGCUUCUGAUGACGACGACGACGAAGAGGGCUGGGCGGCGAUGAAGAAUUCGAGAGAAAAGAAGAGAUCUCUCUGGAGAAGCAAAAAGAACUUGAGCUCAGUCAUCUGA